ACACUCUCCGCCCGCACCUCACGACCUUGGCUCCCCUCUCCUUUAGUCCUAAGGAGCCACGAGGAUGGCACACUUGCUGGGCAGCCAGUCCUGCAUGGACAGCCUGCGCAAGGACCUCACCGACUUACAGGGCGCCAUUGUGGAUGUGUUCUCUCGUGCUGGGCCUGUGCGCUUCCCCUCCUGGAAGUUCCCUGACCGUGUGGCUUGCGACCUGGACAUGGUGGCCCUGCUAGAGCACUAUGACCAUGUGCCAGGUGACCCCGAGUUCACGCAGCUGUCCCAUGCUGUUCUGCUGGAGCUGGUCAUCGACAGGUGA